UAUGUGUGUGUGUGUGUGUGUGUGGGCGUGGAGGAAAAUGUCAACGUGCAGCGCUAGAGGAGGAGAAGGCUGGAGCUGAUGUGUGUGCAAGCUGGAGGGUAAUAUUAUUAGGAAGCUUCAGUCUUCGCGUUAACCGCUAUAAAAUGUCUGAUAUCCGGGGAGUAAAGUUGUAGAGGGUCGGCCGUUGGCAGUUAGCGGAGCCCAGCGUGUUGAAGCGGAUGAGGUGAGUUCAUUCAGCGCUCCACAGCGAGAAAAGCCCAGGAUCCCUUCCUGCAUGUGAGGCAGAUUAGGAGGCGACAUUUCAACCUCGGGCCACUUGUGACCGCCGGCGACCUCCUAUUUCAGAAAACAUAUAGCAACAAUGUAGACCUUUCAGCGACAUGAUGAUGAUGAUGAUGAUGAUGCAGGGCCUUGCAGAGGGGAGGAGCAGCGACUGACUUUCUCCUCCAUUUCAUCACAACCUGCACUCUAUGUCCGUCCCGACUGGACGGCUAGAGUGCUAUGUCAUCAACCACACCCCCAUUGGCUCAACCCUCUAAGAAGGGACGGAAGCCGGAGAAAUCGGAGGUGAUGGCUGAUUCAGUGCCGGCCACUAACGAGGAACUGAGGAGCAAGAUCAUGGACCUUCAGAUAGAGCUACAGCAGGAGCGCGGCAAGGUAUGUAAGCUCCGCGAGCGACUCCAGGAGCAGCGGCAGGCUCGGGAGCUUGAGCAGCACAAGCAUGCUGUAGCACUCACUGACCUGCGUGCCAAACUCCAUGAAGAAAAACUACGUGAGACUGCGGCUGUCCGUGAGACCCUGGCACGGCAGCAUGAAGCUGAGCUGGCCAGAACCAUCAAAAUCCGGGAUACCGAGGUUCAGAGGCUGCAGGGUCUUGUAAAUGCACUGAGAGAUGGAGCAGCUGACAAGCUCAAAAAUGCCCUUCUUGCAGAGGCUCGGGAGGAAGCCAGGAGAGCCUUUGAUGGGGAGAGAAUAAAGCUCCAGCAGGAGAUUCAGGAGCAGAAAAUGGCUCGGAAGCAAGCUGAAGAGGCGCUUGCAAAUGCUCUUCAAGCUGAUAAAGCCAAAGCAGCUGAUCUCCGCACAGCCUACCAACAGCACCAGGAUGAGGUGCAUCGUAUUAAACGGGACUGUGAGAAAGACAUCCGCCGAUUGAUGGAUGAGUUGAAGUCAAAGGACCGGGUGGUGUGUGCCCUGGAGAGGGAGCUAGGGGUACAGGCUGGCUACGCUCAGAAGCUUCAGCUCCAAAAGGAAGCUCUGGAUGAACAGCUAGGUCAAGUACGAGAGGCUGAGAGACACAACCAUGGCAGCCCAAAGAGAGAAGUGGUGCCUGGACUGGGAGAAAACUCAGACUUGCUCAACAACCAGGAGGCAGAGGAGCGUGACAUGAGGAGGUUCCAGCUGAAGAUUGCAGAGCUCCACUCAAUCAUCAGGAAACUAGAGGACAGAAAUGCACUACUGGCCGAUGAGAGGAAUGAACUAUUGAAACGGGUGCGAGAGGCAGAGAGCCAAAUGAAGCCCAUGUUUGAGAAGAACAAGCGGCUAUCUAAGAAAAAUGAUGACCUCUUGCAAACACUACAGCGCAUGGAGGAGAAACUCAAGAACCUGAGCCGUGAGAAUGCUGAGAUGAAGGAAAAGGCUUCCUCUUCUCGGCCACCAUCGCAGCAGCAAUCCGUUCAGGCUCAGCUGAAGCGGCCGAGCUCCCUGACCGACCUGACCCACGCCCAUGAGGAACAGGAAGUGGAGUUCCUCAAGCUGCAGGUUGCUGAGCAACGUGGCAUCAUUGAUGAACUCAUGCAGGAACGUGAUCGAUUGGUGAUGAGCAAAAAGAACAGGAGGAAACCUCUCAAGCUGUCAAAAAGGCAUGUUGUGGAGACAUAUUUUGGAUUUGAUGAGGAGUCAAUAGACUCUGAAACCUCCUCACUGACCUCUUAUAACACUGACCUCACUGACCGCACGCCUGCAACUCCUGAGGAGGAUUUGGAAGAGAGCGUUUCCCGUGAGGAGUCAGAGCUUCGUUUCCGUCAGCUCACUAGAGAGUACCAGGCUCUUCAGCGGGCCUACGCUCUCCUGCAAGAGCAGACUGGGGGCUCUCUGGAUGCAGAGAGGGAGGCUAGGACUCGUGAGCAGCUGCAGGUGGAGCUCAGCAGCUGCCAGGCCAAGAUCGUGGACCUGGAGAAGGCCCUGGCCGAGCGGGGGCAGGAUUCAAAGUGGGUGGAGGAGAAGCAGUACUUGCUCAGGACCAACCAGGAACUGCGUGAGAAGAUGAGUGCGUUGCAGCAGGCAGAAUCCCGGCUGCAGGCUGAGGUUCAGGAUGCUCGGGACCAAAAUGAACUGCUGGAAUUCAGGGUGCUGGAACUGGAAGAAAGGGAGCGCAGAUCACCUGCCCUCAAUCUCCACAUGUCUGCAUUCCCUGAGAACAGUAGCAGUGCCCUACAGGUUUAUUGCCACCAGGAGGGAGUCAAGGAUGUAAUCAUUCCUGAACUGAUGAAGAAGCUAGAUAUUCUGGGAGAUAAUGGGAAUCUCAGAAAUGAAGAGCAGGUGGCUGUGAUCCAAGCAGGGACUGUGAUCUCACUCUGUGAAAAGUGGUUGAAGCAGAUAGACAGCACGGAGGCUGCCCUCACACAGAAGAUGAUCGACUUGGAAAAUGACAAGGAGCUGUUUAGUAAGCAGAAGGGAUUCCUUGAGGAGGAGUUGGACUACAGGAAGCAGGCCUUGGACCAAGCCUACAUGAGGAUCGAGGAGCUGGAGGCCACGCUGUAUAGCGCUCUGCAGCAGGAGCAGCCGGCAUGCCAGGCGGUGGCUGAGUCGCUGACAGACAGGCAGAGGGAGGAGCUGAGGCUAGCCGUGGACAAGCUGCGGCGUCAGAUUCUCCGGCAGAGCCGGCAGUAUGACAGUCAAAUCUUACAGGAGCGCAUGGAGCUCCUACAGCAGGCCCAGCAGAGAAUUAGAGAGCUGGAGGACAGGAUUGACUUUCAAAAGAAACAAAUAAAGGAAAUAGAGGAAAAGCAUUUAUUCUUUGGCCUUAAUGAAAAUGCCCGGGGACCCACAUCAGGUGUUAAGGUGCUGUGGAGGCAAGUGAGGAUGACAACACCUAAUUGUUUUUUAUGCAUUUGUAGACAGUGAAAAACCUUAUGGCCUUUUUGA